AAGAGACGUGUGUAUUCGAGGAACGUUGCGCUCCGUAUGAUGAUGGAAGGAUUUUGCUCCAAGCUUCGAAUAGAAAUGUCUAUUCUAAGGUUUCACUUUGAUGGAAAGAGGAUUAGACCCGAUCAAACUCCCAAUGAGCUUGGGCUUGAAGAUGAAGAUGAAAUCGACGCAUUCUUUGACCAAUAUGGAGGGUGCAGUCUCUGUUAUCGCUAUUAUCAGUGUCUCAAGAAUCAUUAG